CUGUACUUCUGGUUAAAGCCUGCAUUUCUCUGUGUCUCUGAGUUCUCUGUGCCUACUUCAUCCUUUGGGAAUAGAGACCAGGUUCACUCAGUCCCAGACUGUCUGGGCCUGUCCUUUGAAAGCCAUGUGGCUCUACCUGGUGGCUCUAGUGGGCCUGUGGACCCUCCUGCGCUUGAUCAGAGAGAGGCAGGUGGUGAGCCAUCUCCAAGACAAGCAUGUCUUCAUCACGGGCUGUGACUCGGGCUUUGGGAACCUGCUGGCAAGACUGCUGGACAGGAGAGGCAUGAGGGUGCUGGCUGCAUGUCUGACGGAGAAGGGAGCCGAGGAACUGAGGAACAAGACAUCAGACAGGCUGGAGACAGUGAUCCUUGACGUCACCAAGACAGAGAGUAUUGUGGCAGCCACUCAGUGGGUGAAGGAGCGUGUUGGGAACAGAGGACUGUGGGGCCUAGUCAACAAUGCUGGCAUCUCCAUCCCCUCGGGGCCCAAUGAGUGGCUGAACAAAGAGGAUUUUGCAAAGAUACUGGAUGUGAACCUGUUGGGCGUGAUCGAGGUGACUCUGAGCAUGCUGCCCUUAGUGAGGAAGGCCAGGGGACGUGUGGUCAACGUCUCCAGCAUCAUGGGUCGAGUAUCUUUCUUUGGUGGUGGUUACAGCAUCUCCAAGUAUGGUGUGGAGGCCUUCUCAGACUCCCUCAGGAGGGAGCUGUCCUAUUUUGGAGUGAAGGUGGCUGUUGUAGAGCCUGGCUUCUUCUCGACUGGUGCUUCCAAUACUGACAUGCAUUUAUGUUAUGCUAAGAUGCUGUGGGACCGGGCCAGCUCAGAAGUCAAAGAGGUGUAUGGAGAGAAGUUUCUGGCAUCUCAUAUGACAGGGCUAAAGUCACUGGACCAAAAGUGCAACAAGGACCUCUCCUUGGUGACGGACUGCAUGGAGCAUGCGCUGACUUCCCGUCACCCCCGGACCCGAUAUUCAGCUGGUUGGGAUGCCAAGCUCUUCUUCAUCCCUGUGAGCUACCUGCCAACCUUUCUUGCCGAUGCCAUCUUCUACAGGGCCUCUCUGAAGCCUGACAAAGCUCUGUGAAGCCUGCUUCUGAUUCUAUAGUUGGGGGGUAUAAGAGUGCGGUGUGAGGGAGAGGAUCCUCAGGAGAAGGCAGAUGCUGGGCUCGGGACAAACUUGUCAUUGGGAGGGACAUCCACAGGUGCCUGACUUGUCUUCUUUCGGUGUGACCAUGGAGAACAUCGAGCCACAGGAGAAACUGCUAUGUCUAUGCAAUGAUUCCAAUUUUGGUAAAAACACAAAGUGAUCGUUCUUGUAUCAUUAUUAUCCAUUUUACUCAGUUUAAUUUUAAAAAGUUUCUUGCCUGUC